CGGGCGUCCAUGCGGCGCGCGCGACGCGAUGGCGACGUGUGAAUGGACGCGCGCGAUCGUUCGAGCGCGCGCCGCGCGCGCGGAGAGGCGCGCAGACGACGCGCGGGGAGGAUUUCGAGCGCAAAAAGUGCGCUCGCGCGCUCGGGCUGGCGCGGGAAAGCGACGCGCGCGGGCCAACGCGACGGUUCGCGCGAGCGAAAACGACGAAAGCGGCGCGGCGUCGAACGCGAGCGUCCGCGAGAGCGAGCCGUAUGGGGAAAACGCGGCGAAAAACGCGGCGUAUAAGGCUUCGAUGUCGGACGCGCAGCUCGAGCUGCAUCGCGCUUCGGGACGCGACGUCACGUACGCGCUGAAGAUUUCGUACGAUGGCGAGCGUUAUAAUGGAUUUCAGUACCAAGGCGAAGACGUGCCGACGAUUCAGCGCGAACUCGAGCGCGCGCUCGCGAAGCUGACCGGGAUCGAUCGAGAACGGCUUCGAUUGGGCGCCGCCGGUCGCACCGACGCCGGCGUGCACGCGCGAGGGCAAGUCGCGCACUUUUAUUGCGAAAAAUCGUUAGGAGAAGACUUGACGCGGUGUCAAAAGGCGAUGAACGGGAUGUUACCGAAAGACAUUCGCGUCGACGCGUUCUGGGAACCCCAUCCGUUGUUUCAUUCGAGAUUUCACGCGAGCGGCAAGACGUACCACUACUACGUGGACGCGCGCGCGACGUCGAGCCCGUUCACGAGAAAGUACGCGCAUCAGGUCGGAUGGCGCCCGUGCGACGUCGAACUGUUGCGUCAAGCCGCGCAGUUGUUCGUCGGGACGAUGGAUUACAAAGGGUUUUGCAACACGUCGAGGGAUAAAUCAAACGAGGACAGGAACACGACGCGAACGAUUCGUCGCUUCGACGUCUUCGAGGACGCCGCGGACGACGGAUUGAUUCGUCUCGAGGUCGAGGGCGACGGAUUUUUGUAUCGUCAAGUGCGCAACAUGGUCGGCGCGCUCUUGGUCGUCGCGAGCGGCAAGCACGACCUGGCGUACCUGCGAACGCUCAUCGAAACCAAGGAUCGCUCGCGCGCGCCCAUGGGCGCGCCCGCGCGCGGCUUGUUUCUUCACGAAGUCUUCUACCCGACCGAGGUCUUAGCGAGACCUCGUUCGGACGACACCGCUUAAACGCGCGCGCGGCGUCGCUCGCGCGUUCGCUCGCCGCGCGCGCCCGC